AUGUAUCUUUUAGCUACGACUACUACAACUGCCCAAAACGUAGCUAGUGCUUUCUGGUCAUUUGAUAGCAAUGCACUUGAACUUUAUAAUAGUGCUCUCGAUGGUGCUCUCUCCGGUAGUCCAACCUAUACAACCAGUUUUGCUGGAUAUGGUUCAGCCAUCUAUUUUAUUCGAUCUUCUGCUCAAUAUGUUUAUAUUACGCCGAAGGUACUUCCGUUCAAUUCGCGUAGUUUCACAAUCGAAGCAUGGAUCUAUCCUAUUGGUUUUUCAAGUAGUAAUGACUAUGGAAUAUUCGGUCAAUGUCAAGCAACAAGUUACAAUCUAUGCCUAUACUUCAUAGUUCGAAACAACCAAUUAUAUUGUGGAUUCUAUAGCAACGACGUACAGGGUGGAACCACCCUAACAAUGAGCACAUGGCACCAUGUAGCUUUUGUCUAUGAUUCGACCACGACGAUGCAACAAGUGUGGCUUGAUGGUAACCUUGAUGGUUCACAUCCGGCCAGUUCCUACGAUGGUCUGUGGGAAAUAACAACUAUUGGUGCCACUUUUCAAUUAGGCAAUGCAUCUAAUUUCAAUGGUUACAUAGACAACGUACGAUUUGAGGCUAGAGCUAAAAAUUCGACUGAAAUUCUCAACGAUGCUACUCUACAUGUUUACUACUCGUUUGAUAGUGGUUCACUUAUCGACAAUGGUCCCAAUGGUAUCAAUGGAACUGCCUCUGGAAAUCUAUCAAGUACAACUGGUCGAGUUAAUCAAGCACUGCAAUUUAAUUCGGGACCCUAUAUAUACUAUUCAUAUACUCCAUUUUACUUUUUGGGCAUCAGCGGUUAUCCAUUUAGUAUAGCCUUGUGGGCAAAGCCAACAGGAAGUUAUGCGCAACAAACACUUGUUUUCGUACACGGAUCAACUAGUUGGUGUGUUCAUUAUUUAGUAAUGACAUCGAGUGGACAGUUAGUUGCCAGUAGUUAUAAUGGUGCUGACGUAGUCAUAAAUGGUCCCAUCCUUUCUUUAAAUAUUUGGACACACAUUGGCUAUACUUAUAGUACAACCAACGGUGUUCGAUUGUAUAUAAAUGGUACCCAAUACUCGACGACAGGCUCUUUUACGUUUUCAGGCUCUAGUGUUCCAAUGAGUAUUAUGUUGGGUGGUGAUGCCGGUCGAACUCACUGCACUCCAAAUUACGGAGGUGUAUUUACUGGUACCCUGGACGAAUUUUAUCUUUAUAGGCGUGAAUUAACAGCAGCUCAAAUUUGGACAUUAGCCAAUCCUUAA